GCAUCGCGUCGCGCUCGCCGCCUUCGAGAACGAGCUCGGCGUGCAGGACCCCGUGGGCUUCUGGGACCCCGCCGGCCUCGCCGACGACGGCGACGUCAUGAAGUUUCGACGCAGAAGAUCAGUGGAGAUUAAGCACGGCCGCCUCUCCAUGCUG